CCCUUUCGAUGGCCCCAGAUUUUGGACUUCUUUCACACGACCGCCGCUCCUCAUCACAGGUCAAAAACAAGCCGCCAAGUGCAUCCACCCCGAAGGAUCGUCGAGGUCGGGCCAUGGCCACGAGACUAUCCACGCCAUGACUUUGACCACUUACCUAUGAUGAAGCACACGUCCUGCUCCUGCUACUACCAGAUCAACGAUUCCAUGGUCCCCUUCUACUUCCCGGCCGUAUAAAUGCACUGGCUCGGCCUCAUCAUCUCUCCGCAGCGCCAACCCAAGAAACUAACCACCGCGCUCGCCGCAGCUCCAGGUCUCCAAGGCCAUCGACCGGUCUGACCUGUUCUUUAAUUUUUAUUGAUCGCCAUGGCAUGGAGGAAGAAGAACGGCGGCGAGUCGUCUUCGCCCGGCGCCUCACCGUGCCGCGACGACGAGCGGGAGAAGGUCCCCAGAGGGCACGUCCCGAUGGUCACCGGCUGCGGCGCGCGCGUGGUGGUGCCGGUGAGGCUGCUCCGGGACCCGUGCAUCGCGGAGCUGCUUGACAUGGCGGCGCAGCAGUACGGGUACGGCCAGCCGGGCGUGCUGCGGAUCCCAUGCGACGCCGGACACUUCCGCCGGGUCGUCGACGGCGCGCUGCACAGAGCCGACUAGGCGCCCGGCGUCAUUAGAGCAUGUGUGAAUACAUAUGCAGCAGUGCCACUGUAGAAGAGUAUAGUUGGAUAUACGAAGUCUGUUCUUUGAUUGAUCAGUUCUUUUGUACAUGAAUGCACGAGGAACGUGAAAGACAAAUUUGUGUCAAAUUUGAAGUGCUCACUCCAUCUGCACAAGAACUAUAUGGUUAGUUUUUCGAUUUCAA